AUGGCGUCUAACGCCAGUUUAGUGCCUACCACUGCAUCUCGUUUCGCUUUACUACAAGUUGAAAGCGAUACUGAUUCAAAGCCUGGAAAAGGAAGAAGUAGCCGAGGUGCCCAUAAAUCUCAGGCUUCAGGGGGAAGAUCCUCUCUAAAGGAGAAAAAAAGAAAGAAAAGGAGAGAAAAGAAAGAACAGCAGCGGCGUGAGGCCAUCGAGCUCAGAAACCUUGCUUUUAAAAAGAUUCCCCAGAAGUCAUCACACGGAGGCUGUCAGUCUCAGCAUGAACAAAAACUGCACACUGCGACGCAGAAGGACUCUCAGGAAGAAAAUUGGCAGGAGCAGAGAAAAAGAGAUGAGCAG